GGGGCUCUGCUUGUGCUCCGCGAAAUGUCGGCGUCCGGCCCCAGGCGGGGGUGCGGGAGCUCGGGCGGGAGGGAUCCUCCCGGCGCUGGGGUGUGGGGCCGGGGCCAGCCGUGCGUGACGGCUGGUUUUCCUGCCAGCUGUUGGAUUUAAUUGUUUGCCCUACUUGGCGGAGGCGAAAGCUGCUCAUCGGCUUUGUGAUCCUUGAAGCCACUGACCAGAGUCAGGGCAUGGCAUCUGUGAGACCAGAAAAUUAAUUUUGCCUUCAAAAACAGAAUUACUGCUACCGGUGUAAGAACAUUGCUGUGAAGACUAGUGAUAGUUCACCUUGAUCACCAGAACAAACUCCACAAAAGAUGCAACAGGAAGGCGCUGACCCAUGGUAUUCUCAGCAAGUGUAUGCAAGAUACUGGAAGCACUAUGAUCUAGCCAUGCGCUGGAUGCGUAGACACCAGAAAGCCUACAGGAAAGCCUUGGAGUCCUUUUAUCACCUACCGUGGCAUCCUUCUGCAGCCUCUCCAAGUAGCCGCUACUCAGAUUGGGAUGGGAAUGAUCUCCCACAUACCCAAAACUGUUCUUCCAGCAAUAGCCCACGUGGCAGAGCUCCGUACCAUAAGGGAGCUCAGCAGUACACAGAUGCCCACCAAGGGAGGGAGGAUGCUGACAGGGACUCUGAAAUGGAAGAAGACUCUGAGUCUGAAGGGGAGAUAGAAUAUGACUUGAGCAACAUGGAAAUCACGGAGGAGCUUCGCCAAUUCUUUGCACAGACAGAGAGGCACCGGGAAGAACUUCGGAGACAGCAGCAGCUGGAAGCUGAGCAUGAGUACGUGGACGCGGAUCAAGACCUUCACAAAAGGACAGGGCGCUCUGCGCAGCCACCUGCAGAAAGGCCUGGGGAGAGGCGAGUGGCAGAAAUGAAGAAACUGUAUGGUGCCGAAGCUGCCAAAAUCCAGGCAAUGGAGGCAGCCAUGCAACUUAUCUUUGAUAGAAGCUGUGACAAAAAGCAGCCCAAAUACUGGCCCAUUAUACCCCUUAAACUCUAAGUACCUGGACUGUGCUCUGACCUGGCACGGAGCUGUAGGAGUGGAUGCGUCGGUCAGGUUGUGCUGCUGAAAGAACAAACUGCACAUUUUGGUUUUGGCUGGGCUUUGGGACAGAGGCUGACAAGAGUAGCAUGUUUCUUUGCCCUGUGUUCCUUUUACACUGUCUGUCAGCGAUGAUCACGGUCCAGUAUAUGUACGUACAGUUGUCAAGUAGUAAUAGGGGGGACAGUAAUAUCAAACAUGUCUAAAGUCAUAGUUUCACUCAUAUGAUACCUGCCUGCCUCGACCAUGCCUGCAAGAAACAUAAUCAUGUCUAUAUUCAGUGAACUAGGAAGACUUAGUGAUGUGAAAAAUACUCUAUGAAUUGUCUGCUCUUCCGAUUUAGGAAAUUGAGUGGUCCCAUUUUUUAGUCUUAUUUAAUGUAGUAGCAUUUGGAUCGUGUUUAACACAGCAUAGCUUAAAGUGUUAUGUUUGCUAAUCUUGGAUUUUUUUUGAGAACCAGGAGCCCAGUGGCCAAGACACAACAUAUCAGAUUACUGUAGCUCAGUCAUUUGAAUUUUUUUCAAACAUUUAUAAUAAAGCAGGAAGCUUUUAUUCUUGAUUGAUACUUGUCUGGCAGGAGUUCAACUUUAAAGCAUCAUUACAUAGAAAAAUGUUUUCAUGAAGGGGGUGGAGGGAAUUGGGGGGAAAAUCCUGAUGUGGCCCUGACUGUUCGAGAUCUGUUUAGUGGAAGAGAAACUUAAGAGGCCAAAGCACUCUUGGAUCCAGUGCCUACAGUGAUUUUUGCCAUUCUAAUAAAAAGCAUCUAAUUGGUUUGAAACUUUUAAAAAAGAUGUGUUUGAUAGACAAAGGGAACAUCUGUGUGCUGUAUAUGGGGGUGUUUAUAAACAAACAUGGCUACGUUUAUUUUAGGUGCAGCUUUCCAAUGCCCACCUGCAUAUUACAUGCACAAAGCUUAGACGCAAGCAAGUUAGAUGCGCCUCUGUGUGUACUCCUCCGUCUGCACAGGCUGUUUGGCUGCACUUCUGUCACGCUUUACUUUUGGUCUGUUGUGCUUGCCUCGCUAGUAGCUGACCAGGUGGAGUGAGGCACACAAGUGGUCUAAGUAAGAGAGGCAGGAUUGGACUCUCAGUACUGGUGACUCCUUAGAAAAUGGUACACUGAACGCUUCCAAGAACUCUCUGUGAAGCACUGCUGCUUAUGUAUCAUUGUGUGCUGAAGGCCUGUAGUUUGUAUUAAGCAGCAUUUCCAUGCCAGGGCAAAGGAACAUUAUGCUGCUUUAAUUGUGACAAACAAACAUGUACCUUUCUGGCAACACAGGAAAGACUAGAUUUCGAACUUCAGUUCACACCUACUUUGUCUGGUGUAUUUCGGUGGCAUGUGUAGUUUAUAAUAUACACCAGCCGUUGCUGUGCCCUCUGCAGCACCCACUGCACCAAAGCAAAUCUGUGGUGCGGUUUGGAAUAUCUCUGGUUUUACUAGUAGUUACUAUGUUCUUUCAAAGCAGCAUUUUCAUUUUUGUUCCACCUUCUUCACUUUAGAUGUGACAAGACGGAGUUAAACCCCCCAGUCUCCAUGACUUUACUGGUCUGAUUAAUCUGAAGAACUUUACAUAAGACAGGAGAGGGGAAAAGAGUUACAAACAGUCCUGCAUUUGUCUUCCUUCUUGGUUUUGGUGGGUUUUGUCAGAAAUUCAGUGUUUUGUUUGGGUUUCCUUUUGUUGACCAAAUAAAUUAUCUUCGUAAUACCUUA